CGCAUAUCCGCCUGAUCCGCUACUGUUUACAAACCUGCAGACGUCCGACAGCACAAUGAGGACUCUUUCAUGAACUAGACAGAAAUAUCCUUUUCUUCUGGGACUCAACUGAGGAGGAUCACAAGGCUGUGACAUCUCUUCAGAUCCAGCUGGGUCACAGUCAUGCAGCACCCCAAUUUUGAGACUCGUCACCCGCUCCAGACUGAUGAGCAGCAGGAGACCGGCUUUGAUCCGCUCCACAAUUUCAACAAGAAUCGCAGCAGAGGAUCUCUGGACAGCAGCCCUUUCCCACAGCCGCAGUCAACCUUCUUCACAUACAGGAAAGAAUGGGAUGACUUGUUCCUCAACAGUAAUUAUCUGGCCAGGAUCCGGCAGGCAGGCAUCAACGGUCGGCUGAGAAGCAGCCGCUUUCGGAGCGUUUGUUGGAAGUUGUACCUGGAGGCUUUGCCAGAAGAUAAGGGCCAGUGGAUCAACAAGACCAAGGAGCUGCGGGCCCAGUAUGAGAAGAUCAAAGAGAUGCACAUCACGAACCCGCGGAAGGCUGCAGGCCAGCAGGACCUGGGGGUCAACAAUCCUCUGUCCCAGGAUGAAGGGAGCCUGUGGAACAAGUUCUUCCAGGAUAAAGAGCUGAAGGGGAUGAUCAAGCAGGACGUGUUUAGAACAUUCCCCGAGAUCCGUUACUUUCAGGACGAGGACGUGAGGACCAAGCUGACGGACAUUCUCUUCUGUUAUGCCAGAGAAAAUGAGCAAUUACUGUAUAAACAGGGGAUGCACGAGUUGCUGGCCCCCAUUGUAUUUGUGUUGCACUGUGACCAUCAAGCCUUCCAGCAUGCCAGUGAGACAACCAGCCCCAGUGAGGACAUGAAAUGUAUGUUGAACCCAGUUUACCUUGAACAUGAUGCCUAUGCCAUGUUCUCACAGCUGAUGGAGACGGCAGAGCCGUGGUUCUCCAGCUUUGAGAGGGAAGUGAGGAGGGGUAAGGAAGAGAUGCUCACCAGCAUCCCCUUCGCUCGGCCCCAGGAUUCAGGGCCAUCUGUUGCCAUAGUGACCAAAGUCAACCGUGUCCAGGACCAGGUGGUGAAGAAGCAUGACGUAGAAUUGCAUAUGCACCUCAACCGGCUGGAGAUCGCCCCCCAAAUCUACGGCAUCCGGUGGGUUCGCCUGCUCUUCGGUCGGGAGUUUCCUCUUCAGGAUCUUCUCGUAGUGUGGGAUGCGUUAUUCGCUGACAGCAUCACUUUGGACCUGGUGGACUACGUCUUUGUAGCCAUGCUCCUCUACAUUCGAGACGCUUUAAUCGCGAGUAACUUCCAGACCUGCUUGGGCUUGCUAAUGCACUACCCUCCAGUAGGGGACAUCAAUGCUUUGCUGCAAAAGGCUCUUUUCCUCCGAGAUCCCAAAAACAAUCCUCGCCCCGUGAAUUACCAGUUCCAGCAGAACCUGGAUUACUACAAAACAAGAGGAGCUGACCUGAUGAACAAGACACGGUCUGGUACCAAACCCGCUCCCCUCAACAUCAACAAGGUCUCCAGCAGCCUGUUGAGCUUUGGCAGGAAGCUCAUCGCUCCGGCCAUGUCGUCCAGCGGCGUUAACCCCAUCAACAGUGAAGUGCACUCAUCCCCGCCCACCUUCUCGUCACUGUCUCCUCCCCCGGCACCUGCGCCCACUUUUCAACACCCACUGGCUGAGCCUCCUGCUCCCACGCAGAUGCAGGAUAAGGCCCAGACCCAGCACUACCGCCUGCUCAAGUCCGAGAGCAUGCCCGUCCACCUCGGCAAAGAUGGAAUUUCAGGUGCAGUGUCUCAUGGCUCUCUUCCAGCACAGACUCAUACUGACACACAAGGCCAAAGCUCAAGGACGGUCAGCUCCUCCCCCAGCAUCGAGAGUCUCCCUGGGGGGAGAGGUCCAGCCACCUCCUCCCCACCUCUGACUCUCUCCAAAGACGGUGAUGUCAGCACCUCGUCUCCUCCCCUCUCCGCCACCAAGAAAGACUCUUUCUUUGCCAUCACACGCUCUCGCUCCCAUAGUAAGACUAUGGGCAAGAAAGAGACGGAGGAGGACCUUGAAGCCCAAGUCUCUUUCCUUCAAGGCCAGAUUAACGACCUGGAGGCCAUGAGCAAGUACUGCGCCAAGAUGAUGAAUACACACAUCUGUAAAAUCCAAGAAGUGAUUCUCCAAGAACACCUGGAGAAAGAGGAUGAAGUGUUGGUGUCCCUGGCUGGACUCAAGCAGAUCAAAGACAUCCUAAAGGGGGCGCUGCGCUUCAACCAGAGCCAGCUGGAGGCCGAGGAGAACGAAGAGAUCACCAUCGCCGAUGAUCACUACACCUCCACAGCGGCGGCCGAAACUGCUCUGAACGCCAUCAAUCACCUCAGCCAGCGCCGGCAAGAGGCCGACGCCAGACGGAGCGGAGACUCUGAUCUGGAUGGGAGCACAGACGAGAAAGAAGAGGAACCAGUGACGACAUCACCUGAGCAACAGGUGGCAUCAUCUCUGGGCUCGGAGGGUAAGAACUGGGACGACUACAUCCUUGUGUCUCAGGAGGGAGACCUGCAGGCCGAUGGCGGAGGAGGAAGAAAGGGCACGUCAGAGCUCACUCCUCCGAUCAGACGAGGGCGCGGCAUGGUGCGAAUAGAACCUGAAGGUGGACCUGGGACUUUUCACGACCCCCUGAUGGCCGGCACGCCCUCCGGCUCCUCCAGCCCAGACGAGGGCUCCACCCACAGCAAGGACUCUGACUUUACCAUCGUUAACCCCAAUGACCUGUGAAUGAGCCGAGCGCCCUCUCCUCUCACAUCGGCUCCGUUUCUUAUGCCAUACGUGGGGUGUGAUAAACGAAAACAGACUUGGCGUCGAAAAUUGGGACGAGCAGCUUUUGGUGAUGCGCAACUCUAACUGCUGUCAACUUCCAAAACUUGCACAUGUGGACUGUGAACCUUUGAGUCACAUAUACCUUCUACUCUGUCUCCUUAACUGUAACCUGUGACGCCUCUGUCCUCUGAGGUGAUGCUGUAUGCUGACUCAUCUAACUUAUGCCUCUCAUCAUUUUGCUGGGUCAUGGGAAGCAUCUAACCCCCAACUUUUAUUCGUGUUCCUCGUAGUUCCCUUGCUCUCCAGAGCAGAAGUCAUUGAAACUGCU